GUUGGAUUUUCGUUGUUUUUAUUUGAUAAAUAUACUAAAGUACUAAAAUAAAUACUUUUCCACCCCAAUAAUUAAAAGAGCAGUGUAAAAACAUAGAACAAAGUAAAUAUGGAGGUUCAAUUUGGACCAAGUUCGGUUGACGAACCGAACUUGCUGUACAAACUACAACGUAAAAUCAAAGUGUUUAACACAUGCGAUAAACUACCUAACCGUGGUUACAACUUGGUAGCUAGUGCCAGUAAAUAUGGUAUUGUUUUCAUCGGUUCGCCGGAUGGCUCAUUGUCAGUGUACUAUUUACAACACCUGGUGGACAAGUCGUGUGAGACCCCACAGCACAUGUCGGUGAAGCUGGCGGACCGGCCGACACACAUUGCUGUGAGCUGCGACCAUGAGCUCCUGGCCGUCACUGGACAGAGCACCCUGGCUGUGUACAAAGUUGCUGAUUUUACAAAUCAGAAUGUAGCACCAGUAACUUCUCUAAAUGUUGGUGUGAAUGCAUCAACCUUUGUGUCAUCACUGCAGUGGAACCCAUGUGUACCAGACACAAUCGCUAUAGCUUACUUUGAUGGAACACUACUUGUUGCUCAAGUUAGCAGCAAGCAAAUUAAAAAAGUACAAGCAAAAGCCAGAUGCCUCUGCUGGAGUCCUAAAGGCAAGCAGCUAGUGAUUGGCAACAGUGACGGCACACUCUGCCAGUACAAGCCAGACUUGUCUCCGAUGAAAACAGUGCCAGCACCAAACCUCUUCGAGGGAGCCCCGGUAGAGGCCGUGGCCAUACACUGGAUAUCCACUUACCAGUUUGCGGUGGUCUUCAGAAAUGCUGCUGAUAAAAGUCGGCCAGCUGUGACAAUCGUGAACACGCCCAAGGGCGGGCAGCCGUCGUGCCUCAACUACGAGGACGUCUGCUUCAGCAUGGGCUCCAGCCGGCCCUGGUAUUACUAUCUACACGGCAUCGCUCAGUGGAACCUGAUUCUGGCGGCGUCGUCCAACAGUAUGGAGAUCGCCACACUGGGCUCGGCCGACGGGGCCAACUGGCUUCAAUGGUGUCAGACGGAUGAAGCGCGGCCGGAGCUACCUCUGACGGACAAAAAGAUCGAGAACUUUCCACUCGGAGUCAGCUUUGACACGUGCGCCAUACACCAGCUUCCGUGGGGCGAGAACGAGACGCUCCCCCACAUGCCGCUGCUCCACGUGGUGUCGCAGUGCGGGCUGCUCACAGUGUUCAACGUGAUCAAUCUGAACAAGCAGGCGCCGCCGGUGUGCGCGCCUCCGCAGCAGCUCGUGUUGCCCGCCGCCACGCUUGUUAGUGACAUCCCCGGUGUCGCGCCGGCUGCUCCAGAACCAGCGAAGAGUCAGCUACAGGCAACCUUCGGACUAGCCCAACCCACGCCGCAACCCGCGCCAGCCAGUCAACCAACACCCACAUCCCAAGCAUUCUCUUCAACACCCCAGUUCGGGGCACAAAAAGCUUUCGGGGUCGCCCCACAGAUGGCGCCGGCUUUCGGGAAACCUGCCGGUCAAGCUACUUCCGCUUUUAGCGGCAGUGGACAGACUGUUUCCGGUUUCGGGGCCCCUGUUUCGGCCGCUGCUCCGGCGCAGAAACCACCGCCGCCGUCUUAUGGACAGAGCACUUUGUUUGGGGCCGGCGAUCAGAAGCAGCCAGCGGCGCCGAAGCCUGCACCAGCUCAGCCGCAGGCCCAACCCCCACCUCAGCAGCAGCAGCAACAACAACAGAAGCCUCCACCGAAGCCGGAGCCAUCCCAAGCGGCCCUGGAAGCAACAGCCAAGGCCAAGGCAGAACAAGAGCGAGUGGCCGCGGCUAAUGUCAGCCAGGAGCUGAAGAAGAUACUAGUGAAAGAGGUGAACGAGUUCCAGACCGAACUGUACCGGUUCAAGAUGAUGUUCUAUGAGGAGAUGCCAAACCUCAACAGCAACCUCAAAGAGCUAAGCGAAGCGACGGAGACCUUCGUCCACUCGCUCAGCUCGGAACAGCUGCGCAAAGACUGCUCUAUAGAGGAGCUGAGCGCCACCAUCAUACAGCUCAAGCUGGAGCUAGUGAGGACGUGCGCCAUCGUAGCGGAGGCGCGGACGCAUUCUGAACACGACGAAUGGUCCCAGAUCGACCCGCUGACCACGAAGCGGCUGGCGUCGGUGAAGAAGCUGGCGUACUACGUGCAGAGCCAGCUGCAGCAGGCCAGCAAGGCGCUGGACUUGCAGUGGAACGACCUCUCCGCCAGGGACCCCAAGUUGAACCCUCCCGGCCAGCGAAUGCUGCGUCCAAUAUUGGACGACGUGUACCAACCGUUGGUCAAGCAGCAGGAGAUAUUGUCAAGACAACAGGCGGUGCUGCGCAGCCUCAGGAAUACCCUGGACGAGUGUGAGGCUUCGCCCAUGAUCAAAUGCGGGGGGUUACUGAGGAGUACGCCUUUUAAGAAGGACCCUCUUUCAAAGCUCACCAAGAACAUUCUCAACAUGAGUAUAGAAGCCGAACGUAAGAAGACAAUAGAAAACGAGAAAUUGACAGCGCAAAAACUGGAUGCGCUCCGUGACAUGCUGUCAAACCGCAAGACUGUCAAAAUCAAGCCUGUCAAUUUCGAACUGACACAACAUUUGGAGGCGAUGCGACUGAGCUACCAGAAGAGUGUGAAGGAAAAGAGUAAAUUAAACGAGAGUGCUGAAGUAAAGGUGGAGCCUAAAGCGGAAACUCAGCAAUGGAAGCCGCAAGUUUCGCAGUACGCUCCCCAAGUUCCGUCUGAGCAAAAACCAGCUUUAAGUCAAGAGAAGCAGAUGCCAUUGUCCUUCGGCGCGAGUCCCGUCACCAACGUGAAACCAACGCCUACAGCUGGCUUCGGUAAUGUGGCCAGAACGCUCUUCACUGACGAGCCAAAACAGGAACAGCCACAGACUCAAACCCAGCCGAAACCCCAGCCGGCUCAAUCUGUAAAACAACCGAUAACAUCGACCCCUGCCAUCCAGAAAUCUAUCUCGUUCAGUGCAUCUAGUGCCAAGGAAACCACAGUUUUUGGCGCACCUAGCACCAAAACUUCGACUCCCAUAACUGCCUUUGGUAGCUCUACUGAAAAACCAACGGCUUUCGGCGUUCCUACUACAAAGGAAACUAUACCGUUUGCAGCCCCCACUGCUAAAACUGAUGCGUCUGUCGAAAAACCGACAUCCACAGCACAAAGUUCACCGCCCGUUUCUGACAUUACUAGGAGCGCUCUGAAAGAUCUCUUGCAGAACAAAUCACAGCUUACUAUGACUAGAAGUGAGAAUAACUUGUUUAUGGGACAGAAGAUUUGUUCUCCUACUGCUUUUGCGGCGUCCACCCCAUUGGCCACUUCACAAGCAUCAUCGAAUGUGCCAACAUCAAAACCGACGUCUGAAAUAGCCAAACUUCUGACCCAACCCCGCCAGCCACUAUUUGGAACUCAAGACCCGAACAAAACCCAAAAUGGUGCAACUGUAAAACCUGAAUCUGUAAAAACAGAGGCAGUGAAGGAAACAAAACCUGCAGUAACAUUCGCUUUCAAACCGACCCCCUUAGCUGGUAAUGGACAAAACGUACCAGACCUUGUGAAAUCACAAAGCCAAGGGGCAUUCAGUUUUGGUAAAAUUGACGGUAUAACCAAGCUCGAGCCGAAACCAGCCGAAAAAGUGGCAGAGAAAGUAAAGGAGAAUGUGCCCGAACAAUCGAAAUCAGUCGAAGUUAGUAAAUCAGCAGAAGUGGACAAGAAAGAGAACAGUGCGCCUAAGUUUGGUGUAGCAGAACAAGCUGUCAAACCAAUAUCUUUCGGUGCACCUUCGCAACCUCUUCAGUCUGUUACAAGUGCAACGCCAGUGGAAGCAAAAACGGAACCAAAACCAACAGAAACAAAACCGGAAUCUGGUAAAGAACCCGAGAAACCUGCCAGUGAGGUGAAAUCUUCGUCCGCCGCGUCCAUAUUUGCUUCUGCUAAUGCAGGUCAAAAGCCAUCCGCGGUAUUUGGGUCGGCCAGUACUCCUACCACGCAGCCUUCUCUCUUCGGAACCCCCUCAACACCCACAUCCAUCACUCCCACUUCGUCAAAACCCUCACUAUUCAGCCCUACUACCACUUCGGCACAAAGCCCAUCAGUCUUUGGUACUUCCGCCGUAACAACGACGAAUUCAGGUGCAUCAAGCAUUUUCGCUGCUGCCGUAGCGUCUUCUGCGUCACCGUCUUCAUUAUUUGCCAAACCGACCACUACUACCACUCAAAGUUCCGUCUUUGGUUCUUCAACUACACCAGUUUCUACCGCACCUGUAGUGGCAACCUCCCAAUCAACUCCGUCUUCAGUAUUUGGGGCUCAACCCACAGCGCAAGUCAGUGCUUUCGGUACCCCUCCUACUACUAACUCGACUGGCUUUGUACCUCUCAGCCAAUCAUCGAGCUUCCAACCAGCCACCACUGCUGCUUCCGUAUUCGGCACACCAACUGCCACGAACCAAUCUGUAUUCGGAUCUGCAGCUACAACACAAGCUUCCGUAUUCGGCUCUGCCAGUCCGAGUUCAAUAUUCGCUGCGGCAGCCAAAAGUACAUCUUCUUCUGUAUUCGGGUCAACAACUGUGACCACUCAAUCUGCUUUCGGGGCUUCCCCGACCGCUUCUCCCGCGUCCAUAUUUAGUUCCGCUUCGACCGGCCAGUCUAUAUUUGCUGCUGCUGCCACAACGCAAGCCUCAGUGUUCGGAUCACCGACAACAACAACUCAGUCGCUAUUCGGUGGUUCGGCGACUACGCAAUCGUCUUUGUUCGGUAGUCCGACGGCUACGACUCAAGCGUCAGUGUUUGGGUCGCCCACAGCCACGACGCAAGCCCAGAGUGGGGGGUCGUUGUUUGGAGACAACUUGUUUGCGGCCGCGAGUAUUUCCACCACGACUGCGCCCGCGCAGCCCACCGGUAGCAUCUUUGGUGGAGGCUCCCCAGGCUUCGGCUCAUCGUCUCCAUCGAACGUGUUCGCGAGCAAGUCCACGUUCGGGCAGGCGAGCCCGGCGGCGGCCAUCUUCGGCGGCGCAGCGCAGGCGCAGGCCUUCCAGAAGCCAGCCACGAAUCUGUGGGGUGGUGCAUCAAGCGGCGGGGGCUUUGGCGGGAGCGCUUUUGGUAAUUAUUACUACAAGUCCACGUUCGGGCAGGCGAGCCCGGCGGCGGCCAUCUUCGGCGGCGCGGCGCAGGCGCAGGCCUUCCAGAAGCCAGCCACGAACCUGUGGGGUGGUGCGUCAAGCGGCGGGGGCUUUGGGGGGAGCGCUUUUGGCAUAGAUAUAUAUAUAUUCGCGAGCAAGUCCACGUUCGGGCAGGCGAGCCCGGCGGCGGCCAUCUUCGGCGGCGCGGCGCAGGCGCAGGCCUUCCAGAAGCCAGCCACGAACCUGUGGGGCGGUGUCUCCGGCGGCGGGGGCUUUGGCGGGAGCGCUUUUGGUCAGCAAACAACGCAAGCGUCAUCAGUGUUCGGGACCGGCAGCUUCAGCGGGGGCUCCCCGGGGCAGGCGUUCGCCCCCGCGCAGCCCGCCGCCUUCGGACAGACUCAACCUGCUAGUCCUGGAGCAUUUGGAGGUUCACCUUCAUUUGGAGCGAAGCCAGCAUUUGGACAGUCAGCCAGCUUCGGCUCACCAACCCCCGGGUUCGGGCAACCGGCAUUCGGCGGGUUCAACAAGAGCCCCGGCGGCGGGUUCGGCGCGCCGGCGGCGUUCGGGGGCGGCGCCGCGUUCGGGGGUGCCCCGGCCUUCGGGUCCACCUCGCCGGGCAAGAUGUUCGGGGGAGCUGCGCCGGCGGCUGGCUUCGGAACGCCAACCCAAUCAAACGCGACAUUCGAGAGCCUCGCCACACAGAACACGCUGUCGUUCGGAAACCUCGCGCAGCAGACGCAGCAGCCGCCCGCGCAGCCCACCUUCAACACAUCUCCCUCGUUCACAGGAUGGCGCGGAUAAGAUGAAUUUGAAUAACUUUAUGAUAUUAGUUUGUUAAUUGUGAAACGACAGUAACACGGAAUGUUUUGUAUAAGUAAUAUUGAAUAAUAAAAUCUAGAUAUUAUUUAAA